AUGUCCAUUUCUGUUUUCACUCUCAUUGCCUUAUUAUUAUGCUUAGUGUUAUAUUUUUCGUCAUCUUUUGCCCUAUUGGGUACGUUGGAGCUAUAGUUACGUUUUUUCGUUGCUAGCCUGAUUGUGAAAAUUUCAUCACCUUGAUUAUUCAUUUGCACCAAGUCCUUCCUACGUUCAGGGGAUGAUUUGACUUAAAUAUUUCAAGCAUUCAAUUCGAAUCCUGUGCAAAAGAGAAUUACCGCUCGAAGAAUUUUACUAGUGCUCUUGUCAAUAGGUGUUUUGGUGAAGGGUUGACUCAUCUUCUUAAUGUUUGAACCCGGCGAAGAUGCUCAGUCGGUCUCAAUUCAUGUAUCGGUUCUGAGUUCUUUAACCAUGUCCGAACAAGAGCAGAAGCCCACACUCUCCACCUGGCAAUGGUUUGUCAACGAUUUAACCAAUGUCAAAUUGGUUUGGGUCAAACUAAUUUUUUUUCUUCAAUCGGCGGGGUUGGUGGUUCUAUUCCCAUAUUUGUCUAUCCACAUGAAAUCCAUGGGGUUUUCUUUGGAGGAUACCGCUUGGGUCACGUCAGCAAUGCCUAUUGCCGACAUCUUGGCUCCUCCAUUGGCUGGGAUCAUCGCUGAUAAAAUGGGCAACUUCAGGGUGUUCAUGUGCAUCAUCACGUUUCUCAAUGGAGCUUCAAGUUUGGUUCUUCUCUUGAUACCUCGAUUGCAGGACUCUUCGUUGGUUGAAGAUGUGGCUUUGAACAUCACACUGGGUUCUACUGACAUCUCCAGUUCCAAUGCGGAUUGGACAACCAGCUUUUGGUCUUACUUGGCAUCUCGAGGAGUAUUGGAUGUCUUCAGGGCGUCAUCCUUGACCCUCUUCGAAGGAGCAAUGUCUUCUAUUAUUCGAGAACAUGGGGGAGACUAUGGACUCCAGAAGGUCUUUGGAACAUUGGGGUCGAUUCUGUUCGGACCUUUGGCAGGUCUUGUGAUUGACCUUGGAUCAAAAGUGGUUGGAACGGAGGAUUACAGUUUCGCAUUCUACCUGUAUUUUGGCCUUCGUGCUGCCGCUGCCAUGGUCAUGUUAAAGCUGAGCUUGACCUUCAGACGUGGGGAAAGGAAGGUCUUGACCAAUGCAUGGGCGGUGUUACACAACCUGGACGUUAUCUCCUACUUGGUGGCCUUUUUUGUUCUUGGUGUCUUAUGGGGUUAUUUAGAAAACUACCUGUUUUGGCAUUUGUCGGAUUUGGGAGUCAAGAAAAUUAUGAUGGGUGUGUCCUUGGGCGCGGCUGCCCUCAUCGGACUUCCGCUGUCCCUGUUCUCUAAACGUCUACUCCAAUUCUUUGGCCACAACUGGAUCGUUCUUAUGGCUUUGAUUGUUUACGUUAUUCGUCUCACCACCUACUCUGUGACACUCAACCCGCAUAUCAUUGUGGCCUUGGAGUGUCUGAAACCAUUGUCACAUUCACUAAUCAUGAUAUCUGUGUUCAACUUCAUCAUGUCGGUCACGCCCAAAGAGAUCACCCCGACCAUGAAUUCUAUUUUUGGAGCGGCCUACUUUGGUGUUGGCCGUGGUCUGGGUGGGUUGAUUGGAGGGUUCCUCAUGGAAAACUAUGGAACCUUGCCAACCUUCAAGUCUUUUGCGGUCAUGGCCGGGGUCGCCACCUUUCUUUACUCGCUUGUGACUUUUUGGAUCAAGAUACGGAACCGUGUUUCUUACUCUGAGGUGCCUCUCAGAAACACGUUGCCGACAUAAAUAUUUCUUUUUUACGAUUUUUCCGAGUCAAAUUUGGAACAUAGGUACUUUGUAUCUAUAACGCAAUUUGCUUUCAAUGCCAAGGGAUUUGCAAACAAUUUGGAAUCGUAAAUUGACUUUCCUGUUUCAUGAUCUUUAUGAUCUGCAUGCACAAUAAUGUAUAUCUAGACUUUGAAAGUUAACCAAAAAAAACUUUGUUCAACAUUAGUUUUAUUUGUGACCCAAAAAACGAGUCUUGUUUAUUCCCAAAAAUCUAUAGCAGAAAAUUGAAAAAAAAGAACCAAAAUCGUAAUGCA